AUGCCACAUUUGAUAUUAGGUACAUUUAUAUUAGGACGGAGGCCGUGCCACUCGUAAUACAUACCCAGUCGGCUAAGGCUCUCCACAGUUCAGUAAUUCAAGUUACGCACGAUAUGAACUUAUUCGAGAAAAAAUUGGGGAAAACAUACAGUAGAAUUUUGUAUCAGGAAACAGUAACAAAUUCACAACCAUGCUGUCCUUGCUUCCCCUUCGCUUGCCGUUCUCCGCAGCCGCGACGCAUCCAAACUCCACUUUCCUCCUCCAACGCGCCGUUAGGCUUCCCAUCCUCCCGAUCUCACCGCGAGCCAGCAUGAGCGCCACCGCCGCCACGCCGGAUUCCUCGGCUUCCGCCGCCGCCGCCGCCGUUGGCGGGGAAGUGGGGAAGGAGGCGGAGGAUGUGGUGGUGCAGUACGUGGUGCUUCGGCGCGACCUGGCGGACGCGUGGCCGCUGGGGAGCGUGGUGGCGCAGGGGUGCCACGCCGCCGUUGCCGCCGUGUGGGCGCACCGCGACCACCCGGACACUGCCGCCUACUGCGGGCCAGACAACCUCGACCGGAUGCACAAGGUAACACUGGAGGUGAAAGGAGAGACACAACUGAAGAACCUGGCUGAGAAGCUGGAAACCGCUGGUGUCCGGCACAAGGUGUGGAUAGAGCAGCCAGAGAACAUACCAACUUGCAUAGCGACUGCGCCGUGCCCAAAGUCACAGGUUUCUUCAUUCUUCAAGAAGCUCAAGCUUUGUAAAUGAGCCACUAUUUAGGAUCCUCAAAAUUCAAAACUUUGCAAGCAAUCUGUCUUUUCAUUACUGGUUUUAUCGUCAAAGGUUGGCAUUAGAAGUCACACCAGAUACUGCAGCCAUGUACUGUCUAUACCUGUUCCAUUUUUGGAUUUAUUGAUCGUGCAUGUUUUUGCCAUGGGACCAUGGUGGCGGGUUGAUGAAGCAAUCAGUGAGAAAUUGACAUUUUUGUUC